UACAUUACCCAUCAGAAGCAACAACAACCUCGAAAUAAAAAAACCCAAAACAGAAAUUGGGUGUAAGAAUCAGAGACCUUAUGAAUAAAAUGAGAUUGGAAGAGAAGAUUGGCUAGAUGGUUUAGGUAGGGCACAGUGUGGCAACCCCAGAUGUGAUGCAGAAGUACUUCAUUGGGAGUGUACUGAGUGGUGGAAGGAGUGUACCUGCUCCAAAAGCUUCUCUUGAGGCUUGGCUUGAUGCGGUGAAUACCAUUCAAAGGAAUCUUUAUCUACUCGUCUUGGGAUUCCUAUGAUUUACGGUAUUGAUGUUAUUCAUGGUCACAACAAUCUCUACAAUGCCACUAUUUUUCCCCAUAACGUUGGACUUGGAGUGACUAGAGUUCCUAAGCUUAUUAAGAAGAUUGGAGAGGCAACUGCCCUUGAAGUCAGAGCAACACGAAUUCCUUAUGCCUUUGCUCCAUGUAUUGCGGUCUACAAAGAUCAGAGAUGGGGAAGGUGCUAUGAAAGCUAUAGUGAGGACCAUAGCAUUGUUCAAGCAACGACUGAGAUUAUUCCUAGUAAGGAUAACAAUUUGUACUCAUUUGAUUACCACUUUACCUACUUGUUAAAUUUGUCUUUGGUAUUUCCCCAAUCAUGCAUAUAUAUGCUAUGCUACAUCUGUGUAUGUUGUUAUAUGGUCUCUUUCUCCUUGGUAGACGUCCAAGGAGCUAGACAAAGGCAAUAUAGAACUGCCAGAGACGCCGAUGACAGCUUUAAGCUCAUGGCUUUGAGGACUGGAAUCCUCAUCGGAGGAGGACUCUAG